AACGAAAUUCGCAUCACCGGUGGCUCCUCCCCGGGGCCCCAGCCCGAGAAAGCAGAAGGCAACACAGUAAAGAAGCUUAUCGAUAGAUAGCGAUGCAGCGCGAGGUGCGCGCACUACGCUCCGCUCCUCGUAGCAUAGACAGUACAGCUUGCCCGCCGCCGCGACCUCUGGGCUUUGGGAAAUGGAGCAACCGCUCACUGCCUCAGUGGCGCCACACCAAGUGAAGUCUUGUGCUUGAGCACUUACUUGAGCUUACUCUGUCUGCAGUACAGCGGAGAGGUUGGUGCAAGAACGCAGCGGGGGAGAGAAGAGGAGGAAGGACGGGAAGAAGAAGGAGAUCGUGUGCUUGUUUGCUGUAGAGUAGAGUUGGCCAUGGACGCCUACGAGGCCACCAAGGUGGUCUUCUCGCGGAUCCAGGCGCUGGACCCGGACCAUGCCGCAAAGAUCAUGGGGUUCUUGCUCAUCCAGGACCACGGCGAUAAGGAGAUGAUACGCCUCGCCUUUGGCCCCGUGGCACUGCUCCACACCGUCAUGGCCAAGGCGCGCAAGGAGCUCGGCCUGCUCCCGGCGUCCCGCCCGGGGACGCCGACCUCCGUGGCCGCGGCCGCGCACUCGCCGUUCCUGCUGUCGCGGCAGAACUCUGGCCGCUUCGGCACCGCGCCGUCGCCGCUCUCGGUGUCAUCGCCCUCGUCGUGGGCGCCGCCGCCGGUGUUUUUGAGGAGCAACAGCGUGAGCAAUGGCGCGGCGGAGGAUAUGGUCGGCGUCGGGGAGGAGCUGUUGAGCCCGGCGAACGGAAACGGGCCCCUGUCGCCGUUCUUUGGCGCGCCCGGAGGGGACCCACUCCUCGACGAGCUCCAGCUGCAGGAGCAGCUCGCGUUCCUCAACGACGGCGGCGCGGGUGCCGGCCACCAGCUGCCCCUGUUCGACGGCAGCGAGUGCCGAAGCCCCGGCGCCGGCGACGGUGGGUUCUUCCCGUACGGUCUCGGGUGGGCCAACGGCGGCCACGGACACCGUCGAAGCUCGUCGGUGAGCGACCUCUGCCUCGGCGCUGCCGACGGCCUCGGCUGGAAGCCGUGCCUGUACUACGCCCGCGGGUACUGCAAGAACGGCAGCGCUUGCCGGUUCGUGCACGGCGGGCUCCCCGACGACGCCGCUGCUCUCACCGGCGCCAAGAUGGACCCCUCCUCCAUGGAGCACCAGUGCCAAGACAUCCUUCUCCGCUCCAAGUCCCAGCGCCUUGCCGCCGCCGCCUUCCCCUACUCCCCCACCGGCUCGCUCCCUUGCUCCCCAUCCGCGACCAGCAAGUGCCUCAGCUUGCUCUUGCAGCAGCAGCAGAACGAGAGCCAGAGGACGGCGGCCGCCGCCGCCGCCGCAGCUCUGAUGCUGGGCGGGGACGAAGCGCACAAGUUCAUGGGCCGACCGCGGCUGGACCGCGCCGACUUGGUGAGCAUGAUGAACCCUGGCUCGCGGCAGAUUUACCUCACCUUCCCGGCUGAUAGCACGUUCCGCGAGGAGGACGUCUCCAACUACUUCAGCAUCUACGGCCCCGUCCACGACGUGCGCAUCCCGUACCAGCAGAAGCGCAUGUUCGGGUUCGUCACCUUCGUCUACCCGGACACGGUGAAGCUGAUCCUGGCCAAGGGCAACCCCCACUUCAUCUGUGACGCGCGCGUGCUCGUCAAGCCCUACAAGGAGAAGGGCAAGGUCCCCGACAAGUACAGGAAGCAGCAGCUGCAAAGCGAGAGGGUUGAUUUCUCCAACGGGUUAGAUGCCAGAGACCCCUUCGAUCUGCACCAGCUCGGUGCGAGGAUGCUGCAGCACUCGAACAGCGUGAACGAGAUGCUGCUGAGGAGGAAGUUGGAGGAGCAGCAGCAGCAGCAGCAGGCGGCCGAGCUGCAGCAGGCGAUGGAGCUCCAGAGCCGACGCCUUAUGAAUUUGCAGUUGCUAGACCAGAAGUCGCGUUCUGGUGCCCAGCAGAGCCCCAUCGGCAUGCCCUUCAGCCCCACUCAGGCUGUCGCCUCCCCUACCGUUGAGUCGCCGCCUGAUUCCGGGGAGCAAGGCAAGGGCACCAGCUUCCUUCUUCCUCAGAGGAGGGUGGUCAAUGGAGCCGAUAAGGAGGAAUCUGCCGGAGAGGCGAGCCCAAACGCAGACAGUGACCAAAGUGCGGAGCAUAACCUACCUGACAGCCCGUUCGCAUCGCCAACCAAGUCCGCAGCGUUUGCUCAUGAUCCUUUCACACCCACCGAGUCGGAGAUAUCAGCAGCAUCGACUGGUUGCAACGCAUCCUUUGUUGGCAUCAACAAUGGUGGCAGCAUCACUAACCAUCUCAGGCCCUCUGCACUUGAUAUACCGUCACCGAAGUCAUACUUCUUCCCCAUGUCCAGUCUAUCCUCCGAUCACGGCGCUGGCACGAUCGGGAUGUAAAGUUGUCCUAAUGGGAGUGAGUUUGACACCACUGCCUAAAAAUCAUAGAAUACUAGAAGCAAAGAAAGAAGAUAGUGGAAUAUAGGAAAGGAAUGGAGAAGUUGCAGCAUAGUGUUAGUUCAGUUCCUUUUUUAAAAACUUUCGAGUUGAUAGCUUUUAUCAAACCAUAGUAGGAGAAGAUGCCAUGGCCACAAGCUGAGCAGCAGCAACCUAUUAAUUGGUGCUCUCCUAUUACUGCUAUAUGCAUUACUACUAAUUACUACCACUAGUUACUAGUACUUACAAUUACCACCCACCAGCAUUUGAUGUAAUAGUACAUACCUAGCUGAUGAUAUGCAACUCCUACAACAGCCACUAGUUCAUACACUUGAUAGCACUAGGUGUGAUGUUUACCGAUAGAGCAACACUAGUACCAACCACAAGAUACAUGCAACUCUACUGCUUGCUGGCUGUAUCCAUGCAAGACAGUACACAGAUGUGACAGGCUUGGCUUGGAGGAGGCAGCUAGUGUGGUUACCUGUCAGUGUAUGUAAAAAUCUCACAAGAUGAACAAACGAGUCUAGUGUAGGUGUCAAGGAAGGACCAUUGCUGUGCUGCUGAUGAACCAUGUUUGCUGUGCCAAUAGGGAGGAGAGGUGUCAGCGUUCAUGGUCCCCUUUCAGCAAAUGCAGCUCACUACAAAUGAUGUUAUUUUACUAUUUUCUGUGUCAAAUGAAUCUACUGUAGUGGACAGUGCUAUACAAAGAAAGAAAGCGAAAGAUAUGGAAAUAAAUUGCCCUUUGUUUUCUCCCUU